AUCAGCAAUGACAUACUCAUGUUAUCGCAACGACCUUGAGAGUCUUCACCUCGUGAUUGUCUUGAUAUGCACCCUCGAAAGAAACUCCGGCGUGCAGUACAUAGCUGUCUCGAAUGUCGGCGGCGGAAGAUUCGCUGUGAUUUGACUACAAUCAGUCCAAUACUUGUUCCAACUGCGCAACACGCAACAUCUCCUGCGAGAAAGUAGCAAAUGAAUCGACCGAAUCGGACGUGCACGCUCUGCAAGCGAGGCUGCAGAGGGUAGAGGGUAUUCUGGAUAAUUUGAGGAAUCAAGAAAUUACGGGUGUCCAGCCUGGUGCUUUUACAGCCUUUCGGUCCAGAACCUGGUCUGGGCAGCACGCCGAUAGAUCCUAAUGACAAACCACCGCUUAUUUCCCUCUUCGACAAUGCCAUCUUUGGGAAUCAAGACCGGUCCCCUUCAACACAUGGCGCUGAAGCCACGAUGUCUGUCCCAACCGCUGACGGCUCUGGAUAUGAGCGAAAUAGUAAGCUACGCCUCACUUUGCUCAGUCUUUUACCCUCUCAACAUGACGCCGACUUAAUCGCUACCUCCACGAAUGCGUGGGGUCUCAGGCAUGUGCUGGAUGCUGCAAGUCAUCGCCUCUUUGAGAGCGAGAAGGACCAGGCCGCUUUGGACCUCGCAUCUGUUUCGGAAGGCACACCUGUUGACAUUGCACGAAGUCUGCUAUAUUUAGCAGUAUGCCUGCAACAGCUUCCACCUGAGUUUGAUUGCAGCAAGUUGCAGAUCACGGGUACGAUUGAUGAUGCUCUACGCAAGUACCUCACAACCGUGGGGGAUCUUGUCACUUGCAAGGACGACUUGGCAUGCUCGACGGAGGGGCUAGAAUGCUUGCUCCUCCAAGCGCUGUUCUACAUCAACAACAGCAAUCUUCGUCGGGCAUGGCUGGCCGGACGUCGAGCUGUUAACAUCGCGCAGUUUCUUGGAUUCCACAGACGCUACUUAAGUUUCGUACGGGGACGCAACAAAGCCGAAGAAAAGGAGGCCGAGAAGCAAAAGGCCUUGAUGUGGAUGAAGGUAAUUAUGGUUGAUCGAUACCUUGCGCUUCUCUUGGGACUUCCGUGCAGUGUUGGGGAUGAUUGUUUCGGUGAAUGGAGAGAUGUCCAGGAGCCUAUUGAAGACAUUGGCGACGUCUUGGGGCGGAGACUAUGCCUUCUCGCUGGUCUCAUUACAACGCGCAACCAAAAGGAGCUGCCCCAGAGCUAUACCUCGACUCUAGAGAUUGACGAACAGCUCGAACAGCUCGCAAAGGAGUCACCUGAGAGCUGGUUCUCCAUCCCACCAUUGUCGCCUGGAGUACGCUCGACCGAAAAUGCCGAUGCCAUUGAUCUGGUCGCAAAUCAAAUGUGCUGUCUGACUGCAUCAAAGGAGAUACUUCUACGAUAUCUCGCUAUUCGCACCACUGAUAACACUCAACUCCAUGCCAGGGUGGUAGAUUUUACCACUGUGGUCGCCUCAGUCAUUCUCAUCCUGAACUUGGUCGGAUGUGCUCGGAAUGGCGAGCUCCCACAUGCUGAGCGAACGCAGAAAGAUAGUGAUUUGAGGCUGGUGAGUCAAGUCCUCGAGUCGAUGCGACUUGUGGCUCGUGGCAGAAGAGAACUCAUGGCUCGUCAAGGAGUCCAGGUUAUGGAAGCACUACUUGCAAUUGACACUACCAGUAUCAGCGUGGAAAACCCAAUAAGGCUGACCGUACCCUUCAUUGGCUCAGUUACCGUCUUCAGAAACAGGCCUUCUGAGGUCGCUCUCCAGAAACCAUCAAAUCACGGCAAUGAUUUCGAUGUGCCUGACCACGCAAAUCCGACGCCCCCUGGUUUUGCGGAACACUUUUAUACCUUGCAUGAAUUGUACUUCGAGCAAACCACCACGUCCGAGCCAAGUUGGUUCCCUCCUCUUGAGGCUUGGGAUUUUGACAGCUUCAACGAUACAAGCGGUCGAGAUUCGUGGAGUCUUUGGGACGUUACUGGCUGA